AUGGAACGGAAGUAUCGGGCGACAGCUGAGGAUUUGAAGAUCAUUGAAAGGUUCGUCAAAGCUGUUUGUGUGAGACACGCUGAGGAGCCGUUAGUGAAGGAAAGAUGGUAUGGAGCGAAGGAGCUGGCCGAUGAGGUGAACGGCAAAGUUAUACAGUUCCAAAAGGUGGCUGGAUUCGAACUUGCGCCACGAACUCGUCCAGUGUCUGUUCGCAUUGGAGUGGUCGAUGUUGGGCUUGCUUCGAUUACAGCAGAUGAGUUCGAUGAGGAUUUGGCGGUUCCCAUGCUCACUGAGUUGUCCGUGGAGGAGGAAAAGUCGUCAAUGUCGGGCCGGUUCGAAAGACGACGAAGAGAGAAAAAGGAACGGAUGAGGCUAGCUGGGGUAUUGGCUGAUCGAGUCAUUGAUUCGAAGUGUUGCGAUUUACCUUUCGAGGAGGCAUCGGGCUUGCAAUUGGAUUGGAAGGCACUACCGGUUGGAUUGGACCCUUCUAUGGGAUGCCUUUACCCCGAUAGGAGUUCUAGGAAGCGAGAACAGGUAGUGGGCAUGGUAGCUGCGGUACUUUCCGCGAUACCAAAUACGACAGAGUCUCGGCCGCCAACAGUAGUUGACUUCGGUGCUGGGUCGGGUCAUCUGGGCCUGUUGGUAGGGUACAUGCGGCCAGAUGUGAAGGUAGUCCUAGUAGAGAGGAGAUCGGGUACAUGUGGUUUGGCUAGAGAUCGAGUACAGGCUCUGGGGAGGAAGGAUAGGGUAGAAGUGAUAUGUGGAUGCAUACAGGAGUAUGAUGGGCCUUGCGACGUAGGUAUCGGUCUACAUGCAUGCGGUGCCCUCACUGACAUGAUCAUAGACUUUUGCACUACCAGAAACUGCAGUUUUGUAGUAUGUCCGUGCUGCUAUGGGCAAAUUGCCGGUGCUGAAGGCGCAGGCGUAGGGCAACUACCACGGAGCCACGACGGUGUUGGAGGAGUUUUGAGCGGAGAUGAAUUCAGGACAGUAGCAUCGUUGGCCGACUACUCAGUGGUAGACGGUAAAGACGGUUUCGAAUAUUCACAACGAGCAGAGUAUCGAAUUGCGCGUGCGUGCAUGCGAGUGGUUGACACUGAUAGGCUCAUCAAUGUUAGAGACACUUUCGGAUAUGCUGUAUCACUGUCCCGUAUAGUACCAGAGACGUGCACUCCUAAAAAUAGCAUUAUUAUUGGUCGCGCUAAGACCCGAUAG